AUGGCUAAAAGAAGAAACCAAGCAGCUGACGACCGUCGGAAGAAACUUAAACAGGAGCAAGAUGAUUUACUUUCUACCGGUGUGUUCUCCACGGAAGUGGAAAACAGUGAUGUGAAAGAUUGGGACAAUGAAGAACAAGAUUAUGAAUUGAAGCCCCGAUCAACCACCAAACAGAAAAACGCAACUCUAGUGGAGUCAUUACCCAUCAAAACAGCUGAAGGGAUGGUUAAGAGAGUGAUGAGAGAAGAAGUAGCCAAAGAGAAGCCAGAAGAAGAAGUUGAAACUGAUAAUGAAAAUGAAGCUGAUGAUUCCAAUAAACUUAAUGAAAAUCAACAAGAAGACGAAGCAGAAGAAGAAGAAGACGAAUUGGACAAUUUAACUCCAAGAGAAUUUCUUAUAAAGACCAAGGAAGAGAUUUCAGAUUUAGCGUCAGGACUUAUUGAGAACCCAGAAGAACAUAUUCUAAACUUAACUCGGUUACGUAAAAUGUCUACCCUGAAGAAUGCUGUCACUAGUCAGUUAGCAUUAACAGCAUUAAUCCCUAUUUUCAAGUCGCUUGCUCCGUCGUAUAAAAUACGUCCGUUAACUGAUGCCGAACAACGUGAAAAGGUUACCAAGGAAGUUGCUCGUCUCAGAACAUACGAACAAACUUUAGUGAAAAAUUACACUGCGUUUGUCGACCAUUUAACACAGCUUUCCAAGAUUUCAUACCUGAACUCUGAAAGCAACAAAAGUAUCACUCUAAUGCAAAAGAAAUUGGGAUCCUUAGCAACUAAAGCCGCUGUUGAACUUUGUCAAUCGAGUUUGCGUCACUUCAAUUAUAGGAAAGAGGUUUUCUCCAUUGUUAUCAAGAGAUUGAAUAGGAAACCCAAUCAUCCUGAUGAUUUAGAUGUCUUCACCAAAUGUGUGCGUGUUCUUGAGUCUCUUUUGCAAGACGAUGCCGAACAUGGUGACAUCACCUUUGAUAUUGUUACCAUUAUGACCAAAGCUAUAAGAGACAAGAAAUAUCGUGUUGAUGAGUCUGUGAUUAACGUCUUCCUUUCGUUGACAUUGUUAGAAGAUUACGACCCCAAUAACAAUAAAGACCAGCACACAAAGCCUAAAUUGAAAAAGAAAGACAGAGUACAUUUAUCAAAGAAGGAACGUAAGGCACGGAAGGAACGCAAGGAAAUCGAAGAAGAGAUGCGUGUUGCCGAACAAGCUGUUACUGCAGAAGAAAGAGAAAAAUAUCAAGCUCAAGUGUUGAAGAUGAUGCUUACAUUGUAUUUGGAGAUCUUAAAGGCAGGCACGUAUACAAUGAUUGCUUCUGUUGCACAAGAUGCAUCACAGUUGAUGGCUGCAGUAUUGGAAGGGUUAUCAAGAUUUGGCCAGAUGGCUAAUUUUGACUUAUUAGGAGACUUUCUUCUGGUGCUUAAAGAAAUCAUGCAGGACAUUGUAGAGUCGCAUUCGUUAUACGAUACCAAUCCACUUGUCACAACAAAGGAGAAGGAUGGAGAUAAUGAAGAGGAUGAUGAUAAUGAUGAAGAUGACUUGAUAGGAGGAGUUUACUAUGGAACUCAAGUGCGUCAAGUACUUCUUUGUAUAGCCACAUCAUUUGCACUUGUUCUCAACCACAGUUCUAUGGGUAAAUUGCCUAUUACUACUGAUUUAUCUGCAUUUACAAACACACUUUAUGCGGUGAUUGUUGAUUUCAUGCUUGAUGCAGAUUUGGAAUUGUCUCACCGUACUUUACGACUUGCAGAUCCUCUUGGACGUGUUGACAUUGUUGAUAAACCUGCAGUUAACGUGGCCACUAAAGCUGAACUUUUACUUAGAUGUCUUGACUUCAUCUUUUUCAAGUCUAGAAACGGUUCCAGUUCUAGAGCUGCUGCUUUUAUUAAAAGAUUGCAUAUGGGAGCCUUGCACGCUCCAGAGCGGACCACUAUUGCUACGCUUAAGUUUGUGGCCAAGUUGGUUUCCAGAUAUGGGGAAGAAGUCAAGGGACUAUGGAACACAGAAGAACGAAUCAGUGGUGAAGGUCUGUAUGUUUUAGGCAUUGAAACAUCCAAGAGAGAAGUUGAACUUGAUAGAUGUAAUAGUGGAGCUGCUACUAUAUGGGAGAAUGUAUUAUUGGAUAAGCAUUAUUGCAACACCAUUAAGGAUGGGUCUAGACAUUUGAUGAAACAAAGCAAAUCAAAUCAUUAA